GUUCUGGACAUCAUGAAGGAUAAGGCGUUUGGUUCUGCUGGUGAUACUGUGGUGGUUGAGGAGCAACUGGAAGGAGAGGAAGUCUCUUGUCUGUGCUUCAGUGACGGCAUCACAGUGUCACCGAUGCCACCGGCACAAGAUCACAAGCGUCUGCUGGAUGGAGACCAGGGUCCAAACACAGGCGGGAUGGGCGCGUACUGCCCCACACCACAGGUCAACAGAUCCCCAUAUAUCUCAUGGAUAAUUACAAGAUACUCUUCAGAGAAUACCAUAGUACUGCCUAUGGUGUUUUGGUAUCUCUUAAUGGAAAUUUUAUUGUUUCAGUUGAGAAAAACUACCAUCAGAUAGCAAAGAUCUUCACAA